AUGAAGUCACAAGCAGCACCUAACCAAGAGGACUACAAAUUGAAGGACACGAAACCCCAUCUUGGGGAACGCUGGCCACAUGGAGGAAUACGCGGUGGAGGAGGGUGGAUUAGCAGCGAAAGAGCUACAAGCACUUAUGACCUUGUUGAGCAGAUGUUUUAUCUGUAUGUUAGAGUUGUAAAAGCCAAAGAUCUUCCAACAAACCCUGUGACAGGAAUCUGUGAUCCAUUUGUAGGAGUGAAGCUGGGGAACUAUAAGGGCAAAACACAGCAUUUUGAGAAGAAAACAAACCCUGAAUGGAACCAAGUGUUUGCUUUUUCAAAAGAGAAGAUUCAAGCUUCCAUACUUGAAGUUUAUGUCAAAGACAAAGCGAUGGUGUCAAGAGAUGACUAUUUGGGGAAGGUGGUGUUUGACAUGAAUGAAGUGCCAACUAGAGUUCCACCAGAUAGUCCUUUGGCACCUCAAUGGUAUAGAUUAGAAGACCGGCAAGGCGAUACUAAGGUUAGAGGAGAGGUUAUGCUUGCAGUUUGGAUGGGUACACAGGCUGAUGAAGCUUUCCCAGAAGCCUGGCACUCAGAUGCUGCUUCAGUUCAUGGAGAGGGAGUUUUCAGCAUUCGGUCCAAGGUUUAUGUCUCACCAAAGCUGUGGUAUCUCAGAGUUAAUGUCAUUGAAGCUCAGGAUGUGCAGCCACAUGAUAGAAGCCAACCACCACAAGCUUAUGUCAAGGCUCAUGUUGGAAAUCAAACACUUAAAACAAAGAUAUGUCCAACAAGGACAGCCAAUCCCAUGUGGAACGAAGAUUUGAUGUUUGUAGCAGCAGAACCUUUUGAAGAACAUCUUGUACUUACAGUUGAAAAUAAAGUGAGUGCCGCAAAAGAUGAAAAAGUGGGAAAAAUAAGCCUUCCCCUGACCAUCUUUGAAAGGCGCUUGGAUCACAGGGCAGUCCAUUCUCGUUGGUUCAACCUCGAAAAAUUUGGUUUCGGUGCACUGGAGGGAGACAAGAGGCAUGAACUCAAGUUUUCAACCAGGGUCCAUCUCAGAGUCUGUCUUGAGGGUGCUUACCACGUACUAGAUGAAUCGACCUUGUACAUAAGCGAUGUGAGGCCUACUGCUAGGGAGCUGUGGAAACAGCCAAUUGGGAUUCUUGAAGUUGGGAUCUUAAGCGCUCAAGGGCUUCUUCCAAUGAAGAACAAGGAUGGUAAAGCAACAACAGAUGCUUACUGUGUAGCCAAGUAUGGGCAGAAAUGGGUGAGGACCAGAACAAUCAUUGAAAGCUUCAAUCCCAAGUGGAAUGAACAAUAUACAUGGGAGGUCUACGACCCUUGCACGGUGAUCACAUUGGGAGUUUUCGACAACUGCCACCUCGGUGGAAAUGAGAAACCAACUUCUGGCAGUGGAGGUAAAAAUGAUUCAAGAAUUGGCAAGGUAAGAAUCCGGCUAUCAACCCUGGAAAUGGAUCGGAUUUACACAAACUCUUAUCCCCUUCUUGUUCUACAACCAAGCGGAUUAAAAAAGAUGGGGGAACUCCAAUUAGCAGUAAGAUUUACCUGUCUCUCACUAGCUAAUAUAAUUUACCUCUAUGGCCACCCCUUACUGCCAAAAAUGCAUUAUCUGCAUCCAUUCACUGUAAACCAGUUAGACAGUUUGAGAUAUCAGGCAAUGAACAUUGUGGCUGUGAGACUUGGCAGAGCUGAACCACAACUAAGGAAAGAGGUUGUGGAGUACAUGCUAGAUGUAGAUUCCCACAUGUGGAGCAUGAGAAGAAGCAAAGCUAACUUUUUCAGAAUUGUCUCUCUAUUCUCUGGCCUAAUCUCCAUGAGCAGGUGGCUUGGUGAAGUUCGUCACUGGAAAAACCCAAUCACUACAGUUUUAGUCCAUUUCCUGUUUUUCCUACUGAUCUGCUACCCGGAACUGAUCCUGCCAACUAUCUUCCUCUAUAUGUUUCUCAUCGGAUUAUGGAAUUUUCGUUUCCGUCCAAGGCAUCCACCUCACAUGGACACUAAACUUUCAUGGGCAGAGGCAGUUCACCCGGAUGAAAUGGAUGAAGAGUUUGACACCUUCCCUACUUCGAAGGCUCAAGAUGUGGCGCGGAUGAGAUACGACAGACUACGGAGCGUGGCAGGAAGAAUUCAGACAGUGGUUGGAGACAUUGCAACUCAGGGGGAGAGGUUCCAGGCUGUGCUCAGUUGGAGAGAUCCAAGAGCAAGUAGCUUGUUUGUGUUUUUGUGUCUUAUUGCUGCUGUGGUGCUCUAUGUGACACCUUUUAAGUUGAUUGCUCUGGUUGCUGGGAUGGUUUGGCUAAGGCAUCCUAGAUUCCGAAGCAAGCUACCUUCAGUACCAAGCAAUUUCUUCCGAAGGCUGCCAUCUCGUGCCGAUAGCAUGCUCUGA